UAAAUAAAAAGGUGUUACGGUAACAGCAGAACUGAUUCACAAUCACUCAUCGUCGUCCCUCCCGCCCAGCCUACAUAACCAAUCGAUCCAAUCUCAACUUUUCAAUCAAAUUCACAAAUAAUAUCUCCCAGAUGUUUUGGCGUUUGACCGGCUUGUCCACAGCUUCUCCUGUGGAUGCGAUACUGGAUAAGGAAAACUUUACGUUGGACGAGCUUUUGGACGAGGAUGAGAUAAUCCAAGAGUACAGGGCUAUUAAUAGCCGACUUGUUAAUUUUUUGCGAGAAAGAACUCAGAUUGAACAACUCAUCCGCUACAUAAUUGAAGAGGCUCCGGAGGACGCCGAAAAAAGGCGCACUUUUAAGUUUCCUUUCAUUUCAUGUGAAAUUUUUACUUGUGAAGUUGAUAUAAUACUCAAAGCACUGGUCACGGAUGAGGGGUUGAUGGAUUUGUUGUUCUCCUUCUUAGAACCUGAACACUCGCAUAGUUCUCUUCUUGCCGGCUACUUCAGCAAGGUUGUUGUGUGCCUAUUGCUGCGGAAGACUGUUUCUUUUAUGAAUUAUAUACGAGCUCAUCAGGACAUAAUAAAGAAAUUAGUCGAUCUUAUUGGAAUUACGUCAAUCAUGGAGGUUUUAGUUCGGUUGAUAGGUGCUGAUGAACAUCUUUCUACCAACUACAUGGAAUCAAUGCAGUGGUUAGAAGCAGCAGAUGUGCUAGAAAUGGUUGUCGAAAAGUUCAGCUCGUCAGAUUGUCCUGAAGUGCAUGCUAAUGCAGCUGAGACACUUUGUGCUAUAACUCGCUAUGCUUCCCCUGAGCGGGCUGCUAGAAUCUUCAGACCAAGUUUCAUUGGACGAUUAUUCCGCCAUGCUUUUGAGGACUCGCGGCCUAGUUCUGUUUUGGUAUAUUCGUUGUCUGUCUGCAUAUCAUUGUUGGAUCCCAAGAGGCUUUCACUUGGGACAUAUUAUUCAUUCAAUCAUCAGUUGACUCAUGGCGCUGUAAUAACUGCUGAUCCUGAGACAGUGAAAGGCAUGCUGGAAAGCUUAGGCGAACUCCUCAAGCUUCUGGAUGUGUCGUCGGAGAAAAAUGCGUUGACAACAACAUACGGGAAGCUGCAUCCGCCUCUUGGAAAACAUCGUCUGAAGAUUGUAGAAUUCAUAUCUGUCCUAGUGACUGUCAGUAGUGAAGCGGUGGAGAAGGAACUGAUCCGUCUUGGUGCAAUCAAACGUAUACUAGAACUUUUUUUUGAGUAUCCAUAUAAUAACUUCCUGCAUCACUAUGUACAAAAGAUAAUUUUUUGUUGCUUAGAAAGCAAAAGCACUCCACUUAUUAAGCAUCUCCUCCAUGACUGUAAUCUUGUUGGAAAAAUUCUUGAAGCUGAGAAGAAUUCAACACUGACCGCAGAGAUUAACAAGCCAACUGUCCCUGCUGAAGGGAAAUCACCACCCAGGGUAGGAAAUAUUGGUCAUGUUACUCGCAUAUCAAACAAACUUGCUCAAACGAGAAGUAACAGUGACAUUCAGACAUUUCUGCAGGAAAGCAAUGAAUGGUUCGAUUGGUACGCUGAUGUUCUACUCAAGCGCAACACAGUAGAAAAUGUCUAUCAAUGGGCUUGUGGGAGGCCUACGUCUUUACAGGACAGGACCAGGGACAGUGAUAAUGAGGAUUAUCGAGAUAGAGAUUAUGAUGUUGUGACACUAGCAAACAAUCUUAGCCAGCCUUUUAGAUCUGACAGUAAUAACAUUGAAGAGGCUCACGGGUCAUUGGAGCGUGAUGAGGAGGAUGUCUGCUUUGACGAUGAAUCUGCUAAAGUCGAAAUAUCAUCCCUUCGGCUAGGAGAUGAGCAGGAAAGUGGAUCCCUUCUGACAAAUUCCAACUGUUCUGCUUUGGAGGACGAGAGAAAGAAUAAUGAGGGCACAACUGAGGGUACUGCUUCACCUUUGCCAAGUACUGAGACUAAUAUUGCUGACAGGGUGGUCGAUGAUAAAAUGAUUGGUGAUGGCUUGGAAGCUUUUGGAACAGCUGAAAGUUCCUCACUCAGCAAUCCGUCCAAAGACUUGAGAGAAUCUGGGGCUCCUGAAACUGAAAAGCCAUCUGAAUGGGUAGAAUGGAGAGAGAGUUCUGAUUCCUUUACGCCAACUGAUGCAAAUCUAAAUUCUUCUAAAUCGUGCACUGCAACUGUCAAUUCUGCUGAAUCAUCCAAUGCAGCUGCUGACAUUGAUCCACCUAAUUCAAUUUCGGGAUCUGCUGAACAGAAUGAUGCAGUUACAGAAUCUAUUGCACAAAGUACUCCCUCGGUUUUACCAAAUGACAAGCUUAAAGUUGAACAAGAAUCUCGUGAUGAUGAUUCUUCAGCCAACAAGACAAAUGUGUCUCCAUCAUCCACUGAUCAGUCAAUUGGUGUGGUCAAAAGUAAUAUUGAAGGAUUACCAGAAGCAGAAAAUCCUGAUGUUUCUUCAAGCUCUUUAAGCAAUGUGGAUAAACCUUCAUGCCACUCUGCCGGAGAUGAAACUUCAAGCUCCACAAGCAAUGUGGAUAAAGAUAAACCUGCUGCAGCAGAAAGCAGCACUACAGGAGGUGCAGAACAUAAAAUGGAAAGCUAAGCUGCUUGUAAAUAUGAAUAAUCAAAUUUUAUCUCAACCGGGCUUGCUUUCGCAAUCAUCAGGAAUACGGCAAAACUGAGUCUGUAUUCAAUUCUAUUGAAUACCGCCAAAUUGAGUUUGAAAGGAAAGCGCACUUGGUGAUCAGAUAAAUUUUCUGAAUCUUACUGUAUAUUAAUUUUGUAGUUAAAUAGGGCUGAUCAUUCUUUGCCCCAACCUUUGGGUUGCUGGCCACCUAUAUUGUCCCUUGCUUAGGAAAAUAUGAAGGGGAGAUUCUUUUUACAUCAGGGUUUUUUUUCCUUGCAAACGCACAUAAAUUAUGAUUUUGUAUGUAUAGCAGAUAAGCAGUACGUGGUAGAAUGAAGUUUCGUAUGCAGUUUUGGUGAUAUUGAACUUCA